AUGGCCAACCCCGUGGUGUACUUCGACAUGGCCAUCGGCGGCGCCGACGUCGGUCGCAUCGAGAUGACGCUGCGCGCCGACGUCGUGCCCAAGACGGCGGAGAACUUCCGCGCGCUCUGCACGGGCGAGAAGGGCACGGGCCCGUCGGGCAAGCCGCUCCACUUCAAGGGCUCGUCGUUCCACCGCGUCAUCACGGAGUUCAUGUGCCAGGGCGGCGACUUCACCAAGGGCAACGGCACGGGCGGCGAGUCGAUCUACGGCGCCAAGUUCGCGGACGAGAACUUCAAGCUCAAGCACACGGGCCCGGGCAUCCUCUCCAUGGCCAACGCCGGGCCGAACACGAACGGGUCCCAGUUCUUCCUCUGCACGGUCAAGACCGACUGGCUCGACGGCAAGCACGUCGUCUUCGGCUCCGUGACCAAGGGCAUGGAGAUCGUCAAGGCCAUCGAGGCCGUCGGCUCGUCGAGCGGCAAGACGUCGAAGCCCGUCAUGGUCGCCGACUCGGGCCAGCUCUAG